CUGAACUACGGGACGGCCCCUAACAAAGAUGGCGGGGAGGGCUUCAGUGAGGGCAGGCUGAUUUAAUACCCGAACCCGCGGCGGACAGCGAAGACAGAGGUAGCGGCGCAGCCCCGACCAUGGAGGAGGGCAACAGCGCUGGCAGCGGUGGCAGCGACAGCAGCACCAGCGGGAGUGGCGGGGCGCAGCAAAGGGAGCUGGAGCGCAUGGCUGAGGUUCUGGUCACCGGAGAGCAGCUACGGCUCAGGCUGCAUGAAGAAAAGGUUAUUAAAGAUAGGCGACAUCAUCUCAAAACCUACCCAAACUGUUUUGUUGCGAAAGAACUGAUUGACUGGCUGAUUGAACACAAAGAGGCUUCUGACAGAGAGACGGCAAUUAAACUCAUGCAGAAAUUAGCAGACCGGGGCAUUAUUCAUCACGUGUGUGAUGAGCAUAAGGAAUUCAAGGAUGUCAAACUCUUCUAUCGCUUUAGAAAGGAUGACGGCACCUUCCCAUUGGACAACGAAGUGAAAGCCUUCAUGAGAGGACAGAGGCUGUAUGAGAAGCUGAUGAGCCCUGAAAACACACUCCUGCAGCCCAGGGAAGAGGAAGGGGUCAAGUAUGAGCGCACCUUCAUGGCGUCUGAAUUCCUGGAUUGGCUGGUUCAAGAGGGUGAGGCCACCACAAGGAAAGAGGCGGAACAGCUUUGCCACCGGCUUAUGGAGCACAGCAUCAUACAGCACGUGUCCAACAAGCACCCGUUUGUGGACAGCAAUCUUCUCUACCAGUUCAGAAUGAACUUCCGGCGGAGGCGAAGACUGAUGGAGCUGCUCAAUGAAAAAUCCCCCUCCUCCCAGGAAACUCAUGACAGCCCCUUCUGCCUGAGGAAGCAGAGCCAUGACAAUCGGAAAUCUACAAGUUUUAUGUCAGUCAGCCCCAGCAAGGAGGUCAAGAUCGUGUCUGCCGUGCGGAGGAGCAGCAUGAGCAGCUGCGGCAGCGGCUACUUCAGCGGCAGCCCCCCCCCCAGCAGCAGUCCCCCCGUGCUCUGCAACCCCAAGUCUGUGUUAAAAAGACCCGUCACUUCUGAGGAACUCCUGACUCCCGGGGCUCCGUAUGCGAGGAAGACAUUCACGAUUGUUGGUGACGCAGUAGGCUGGGGCUUUGUGGUGCGAGGCAGUAAGCCAUGCCACAUCCAGGCCGUGGAUCCCAGUGGCCCAGCAGCUGCAGCAGGAAUGAAGGGGUCCCCAACUCCCGGGCCGCAGACCGGUGCUGGUCCGUGGCCUCUUAGGAACCGGGCUGCACAGCAGGAGGUGAGCGGCGGCCCCCGUGCACAUACAUACUCUUUCCACCAGUCCUGCUGUGCAACCAGAGUGCAGCAUCUACAGAAGACCUCCAGAUUGGCAGGGACCCAGGAUGCUCUGAUCCCCACAGGACCUCUCUAGGCCAGUAAAGAUUUUGCCGGUCUUUUGACAUCCCUUUCAAACUAGUUUGACUUCUGGGAGGUGAAAGAAGCCAUUGACAACGUUUAAUGGUUAUUGGCUAGAUUUUAUUCUUGGCUGUUAUCCAGGAUUUUUCAUUGGGUAGAUUUAUAAAUGUGUUUGAAAUUCACCCAUAUAAAAAUGUCUGUUGAAUUUCCAACACCAAUAGUAGUGUUAUUUCCACUACCAGUAAUCAGAAACUUAGAGUUAAAAAGAUUCCCCUGGUUCUUAACAUUAUUUAGGUCAUAAUUAUGACCCCAUUAUUUAGGGGUCAUAUGCCUCUUUGAGAAUCCAGUGACAGCUAUGGGCACUCUUCCUAGGAAAAAAGGGUGUGUGUGUGUGUGUGUGUGUGUGUGUGUGUGUGAGUGUGUGAGAGAGAGAGAGAGAGAACCACAUUUGCACACAGUUUAAUGCUGUUCGUGGAUCAUCUAAAACUUAUCUUUGGACCCCAGGAUAAAAAUCUCCCAGUCUAAUCUCCUCAUUUUACAGGUAAAAAAGGUAAAGCCCACAGAAAUGAAAUGACUUAUUCAGGGUUAAGGGAGAUAAGCAGGACUAGGAUGUGAGCACUCCUGACCAGGCUGUGAAAUAGUGUGUGUGUAAUCUAUCAGCUUUAACGCCUGGCCCAGGGGACACCCAGUUUAUAUUAUAUCCAUCCCUUCUCUACCCCACCCCUACCAUCAUAUUCAUUUCAGUGAUUAAUAUGAUAUGUACUGUUUUGAGUUUAUAUUAUGUUCAACUGUUUUUAAUAGUAAUAAUGAAGAUGCCUUGCUUUGGUAAAACAUGUGUCAGAGAAUAUUACAUUUCUCACAACUUCCUGAUACAGAGCUGAAUAAGUACUGUUAACUCCAUUUUACAUGUAAGAAAAUCAAAGACCCAAGUAAAUUGUUCAGGGCCAAGUGAAGAGUGAGUUCCAGCUCUUCUCAUGCCGUGAAUUCCAUUUGGGGGGUACUGGGCUGUCGUCUAAUUCUCUUGUUUAAAACAAGCAUAAGCAAGAACAUGAAGGUCCUUGAACGAAUGCCCAGACCAGUGUUUCUCAACCUUCACUAUCCCUCAGAAUCACCUGGGAAACGCCUACAAAAUACCCAAAGGUAGGGACUCAGUUGGUCUGGGGUGAGGCUCAGACAUCAGUACUUUUCAGAAACUCCCAGGUGAUUUAAAUGUGCAGCAGCCAAGAGUGAGGAAUAUCAUCCCAGACC